UUUUUCCACCAUUUUUUCUCUCUCCUACUCUGCCAAUUCUUGUUUGAACUCCACCAAAAUUUUCCCAAUUCAAUUCGAUUCUCUCUUUUUUUUCCUCUCUUUUCUAUCUUGUACCACGGCUGCCCAAAAAAGAGAAAAAAAACCCCCAAAUCUCUCAUCUUUUUCAACAAAGCAUAAUUCUACUUGCUCUCGCUCUUCCUCUCUCUCUCUAUCGCCCAUUUCUUCUUAUCCUUCUCCAUAUUCUCUCUCUCCUCUUCUGAAUCAAUCCAUCCAUCUCCCCAAACCCACAUCACCAACUCUGCUAUGAAGAAGGUCAUAUUGAAGUUGGAUUUACAUGAUGACAAGGCCAAGCAGAAGGCUUUGAAGACAGUCUCUACACUUUCAGGGAUUGAUUUGAUUGCCAUGGACAUGAAAGAGAAGAAGCUAACAGUAAUUGGGACAGUGGAUCCAGUGAAUGUGGUGAGCAAACUGAGGAAAUAUUGGCCAACAGACAUAAUCUCAGUGGGGCCAGCAGUAGAGCCUAAAAAGGAAGAGCCAAAGAAGGAGGAACCCAAGAAAGAGGAGGGAAAGAAAGAAGAAGAAGGCAAGAAGGAGGAGCCAAAGAAAGAAGGAGAGGCCAAGAAAGAAGAAGUGAAAAAGGAGGAUCCGAAGAAGGAGGACGAUAAGAAAGAGGAGUCGAAGAAGGACGGGGAAAAGAAGGAAGAAGAGAAGAAGAAAGAACAGCUACACCCAAUGCCACAAGCACUGGCUGUGCCGAUGCCGAUGCCGAUGCCAAUGCCAAUGCCGAUGCCACAGCCCGACCCGGUAAUGGAGAUGGUCAAGGCUUAUAGAGCAUAUAACCCUCAUUUGACCACUUAUUACCAUGUCCAUAGCAUGGAGGAGAACCCAAAUGCUUGUGUUAUUUGUUAAGUACUUUGUCUAUGAAGCCUUUAAUUAGCCAAGGGCAUUUUGGGAACUAUUGGUGAUGCAAUUGAUGAAUAUCCAACCAAGCAAAUCUACCCCUUUGAAGAAAAAAAGAGGCUCUCUUGUAGAUAGGAAAAAAAAAGCACAAAUAUUAUGCCUUUCAAAUGUGUAGAAAAAUAUUCAAUAAAUUUUGUUCUUUUUCUCUCUCUCUAUAAA